UGUGUUCAGAAUUCUGUGUCUUACUCUACUGUAUUUGCGCUGUGGCUCUAAGAGGCUGACUGUUGGAACAGUGCUGAUUAUUAUAAGUAUAGGGGACUUAUCUGGUGGCUAAGUAAUAUUUGAAGGCAUAUUGGGGCUUCAACACAAGUCAACAUGAGUACUGCUACACAGAGGAAAAGACGGACAUCAUCUGCUACAUGUUCUCGCCGUGGAAACAGCAAGAGGAACCGGACCCAGAUGUCUCAAACAGCGAUGGAGACCAUUAAUGUGCUGGAAAGUGACCGAACUCACAGUGAAGAUGUGGUAGAUUUAACAUGUGAAGGCUCUGAACCUGCGGUUGUUGACCUCACCAAUAAUGAUUCUAUCGUGGUUGUGGAAGAUGGUGUUCGAAGCAGACGCGGACAGGGCACAGAGAGUUAUGUACUGAGCAGUGAUGAAGAGGAAGAGUCCAGUCUUAGACUCAGUCCAGGCUUACUGUCCUCUCUACAUGCCAGCUCGAGGGCCAGGUCUACGCCAGGGGCUGUUAGCUGUCCUGUUUGCAUGGAUGCUUAUUCAGAGAUCAUCGACAGUGGUCGGCUCAUGGUCUCCACAAAGUGCGGCCACCUUUUCUGCAGUCAAUGCAUCCGCGACUCUCUCAGCAGAGCUCACAGCUGCCCUACAUGUAGAAAGAAACUCACACACAAACAGUAUCACCCAAUAUAUAUCUAAUGGUAAAGAUCAGCCUCACAAAGUUCUGUAGUACGCUCUCAUGAAACAAUUUCACAGCUCCAUAUUGUCACUGGCUGUUUCAUAUUUCACACAUCAAUGCCGAUGUGUGAUAUCAGAUGAUCAGAUCAGAUGAUAUUUGGCAUUAUUUUGACUUGCGGGAUUCUGUUGGAACUAAAAGGGCAUUUAGUCCAGGAUUAAUUAUUUUUUAAAAUUGUGAAUAUAUAUAUAUAUAUAAAUAUAUAUAUAUAUAUAUAUACACACUGUUUUGAAGUUGAAGGAGUUUUGGGAAUAUAUCCUGACAUUGAGUAGCCUGGGUUUAAGGUCUUGGCUGCUAUAUUAGUAUUUUUAUUUAAUUUUUUGUCAACCGUCCAGCUUGUAGUAUUGAAUAACGUCAUUAGGAUCCAGUUCAAAUUAAAAAUGAAUGACCAACUGUCACAAGUAGGAUCUUGUAAUGUUGUAGUUUAGUCUUGAACAAAUAGGUCCCUGCUGUGAUGGUCUCUAUUCUUGUUUAGUGAAAUUUGUGAGCCUGUAAUGAUAGUUUGGGGCGCAUUGACUUCAUCUGGUGGACAACUUUUAGGUCGCCCUCCCCCUGUACCUGCUCUCCUUUGUUUGUAUAGCCUUAGUACCAGCCUUGUUAGCUUUAACUGUCACUCAAAGUUAACUUGUUUUCAUUCAUUGUCUGUUUAUUUGAUCGGAAUCAAUAUUAAGAUUCUUUUGUCAUUAAGCAAUUUUUUUUUUUUUUUUUUUUUU